AUGGCUAUCAAUUACAAGGACCUCGCCAACAACACCAACCCAUCAUGGCGACAUGAUCCUGGGAUGCGGAGAGGCAUGCUCCACAUUGUCCUCCUGUAUUUCACCGUCUACUCCUUGGGUUACGAUGGUUCCCUCCUCAACGGUCUUCAGGCAUUGCCCGCAUGGCAGCGUGAUUUGGAAUACCCAACUGGAACCAAGCUCGGCCUCAUUGCCGCAUCCUACUAUCUUCCCAAGAUUCCCCUCGCCCCUGUCUUCUCCAUCCUGACUGACAAGUACGGGAGACGGUUUACGAUCGCCAUCGGGGUCUUCUUCAUGUUGGCAGGUGCCAUCGUGGCCGGUUUCUCUUACUCUGUUGCCCAAUUUAUUGGUGCUCGUGUCCUCCUUGGUGUGGGAACUGUUGCUGCUCAGAUCGGCACUGUCACACUCAUCCCCGAGCUUGCCCACCCCCGGAUGCGCCACUUUGCCGGAAGUUUCCUCUUGACCACUUUCUACAUCGGCUCCAUUCUCUCCGCAUGGAUCACCUUCGCAAUGGUCUACUUCCCCGGAGAGAGCGCUUGGGCAUGGCGUAUCCCUGCACUCUUCCAAGGUGUCGGGCCCGUCGUCCUUGGUUUCGGUCUUUGGUUUGUCCCCGAGUCCCCUCGUUGGCUCAUCACCAAGGGCCGGGACGCCGAGGCUCACCAGAUCCUCGCUACUUACCACGCCAACGGCAAGAUGGACGAUGAGCUCGUCGUCUUUGAGAUGUCCGAGAUCAAGGCUCAGAUCGAGGUGUCCAAGGUGUCCAAGGAGACAUCGUGGAUGACCUUUGUCAAUGUCGCCUCCAACCGCCGCCGUAUCGGGGUCAUCAUUCUUAUCGGUCUCUGCACCCAGCUCUCCGGAAACGGUGUCGUCCAGUACUACCUCGUACCAAUCCUCAAAACGGUGGGCAUCACUGCUCCCCCUCAGACUGCUGGUAUCAACGGUGGUCUUGCUAUCAUGAACUGGUUCGUCGCCAUGGGCGGUGCUUCGCUCGUGGAGCGCUACGGACGCAGGCCUCUCUUCCUCAUCUCGCUCGCUGGCCAGCUCUUCUGCUUUGUCAUGCUCACCGGUCUCGCCGGCGGAUACGACACCACCAAGAUCCCUGCGAUGGGUGUCUCGAUUGUCCCCUUCAUCUUCAUCCAGCAGGCCUUCUACUCUGCUGCUCUUACCCCUCUCCCCCUGCUCUACGUCCCAGAGAUUCUCCCCACCGCGCUCCGAGCGAAGGGUGUCGGACUCUACGGCAUGUCUCAGAACGUUGCGCAGACCUUCAAUCAAUUUGCGAACCCCGUCGCUCUGGCUGCAAUCGGAUGGCGCUACUACGCGGUCUACGUCGGUGUCCUCAUCGCUUUCCUCGUCGGCUUCUACUUCACCAUCCGAGAGACCCGUGGUCUUACGGUCGAGGAGGCUGCUGUCAUCUUUGAGGACGACGACAAGAAGCUGGAGAUGAUGGAGGCUGAGCGGAGGAUCAACGAGGCGGCGGCACUGCGUCUUGCCUCGGAGCAGAAUGAGCUCAAGAAGACCAACUCAAAGUCCGAGUCGAUGGAGCACGACGAGUACAAGAACGACGUCUAG